AUGUCAGAGGCCACAGUUACUUUCGAGGAUUCGGCUAACCAUCUGUGCCAACCAUUUGACCCCGAUAGAGCUAUAAGCAGACCAAUCCACCCAUUUCGUUCGGCCUGGGGCUGCCUGAAGUGGUUGUUUUGGACUACUUUAUUGGGUCUGUUCAAUUGCGGAGUCUCUGUGUUCGAUCGACUCAAUCACGCGCCUAUUACGACUGUCAGCCGCAGGGCACAAAGAGAUCUCGAAGUCGGUUCCUACGCACCACCGCAGAACGACAACCUACGCGAACUAACACCUGUUUCAACAUACGCGAUACUGAAUAUCGACAACUGUCAAGCGGAAUCGCUGAUCGAAUUUUGCCAGCCGACGGUCUAUUGGACUCCACAUAAAACUGGGGAAGACAAUGCCCCAACCCGAUGUUGUUUCGAGGUAGAAGGUAGUAGUUCUUUGUCCCUCUGCUCAUUAAACGGCGCAUUUGACUCGAUUGGAGAGUUCGGGUUUGAUGAUGCUUACAAUUUUCUUGGAACUACAUCCCCACCUUACACUCUUUUAAGUACAUAUUAUGCAGCUUCUGAGAAUGGCUUAAUUGAUGAUAUCACUCGUGACUGUUUUAUCUCGGAAUUGAUACAAUCAGUGAUCCCACGGAAUUUGUCCGACUGCAGUGACAUUUCUGUGCCCUCAAAUAUUCACAAAAUGUAUGCGUGGGAGAAUUCCAAAUCUGUCGAAUGCAAGAAUGAUGUGCAUUCAACGACGAAAAAGGACACUUUCGAAUUGACCUCUGAGAUACCAGUUUGUGAUGCCUCAAUGAUAUAUCCUGGUAAAUUAUCCAUGUCCGAUAGUUCACCAUCCCCAGUGAGUAGUGCGACAACCCAGUCGACCACAGUGGUUGGUCACGAUGAAGAAACGGGUCAGCGACAAACCGACUUGGAUUUACCAGGCGUCGAUAGACAUGACCAGACAUUGGCGUGGGCAAUGGCAAACCUACACACGGGCGAAAAUGAAGAGACAUGCUAUGCUGGAGACACGCCGAAUGACAGGAUCCAACGGAGGCAGAGCAGAGACAAGAGUCCGGUGACUACGAUUAACUCGAUUCGUCCGCCGGAUGGCAGAAGCUUUUCUACAGUGAUUCCACCCGCAAGUCAGCUUUUUGAUGCCAAAGAUUCUUUGUUUAACGCAGAAUUCCCGGCACCCAAACCAAAGCGCAGUAGUUCCCUGAAAUCCCAACGCACUCCACCGGGUACCCCGGGACAGAAAGCAGUUCGCUUUGCUGACGCUUUUGGACUCGACUUGGAAUCUGUCCGUCAUGUUUUUGACCAGGAGCAGCCACCUAGGAUACCAGCUUCGGCAACCUUCGACUUGGAUUUGGACAAAGAUGAAUCAAUAGCAAAAAUUGGAGCAAAACAAUUUAGUCUGUGCUUUGCACAACCUGUCUCAUCACCCAACUUUAUCCACCGAGUUCUUUUGGAGACUGUGUGUUUGGAAGAUGCGCAUGUCGAAAACACUCGUGGUAGGCUAACCGGAACUAUUCGAUUGCGCAGCUUAGGCUUCGAAAAACGUGUUUAUGUCCGCAUUACGUAUAACAACUGGGCCACUUAUUUUGACAAUCCCGCCUCCUACGUUCUGGACUCUCACGAUGGUGCCACGGAUCGCUUCUCUUUCA